AUGCCAAGCGAUAGACUGACAGAGUUAUCAGAAAAAGCAAACUGCGCUUUCCUCAAUGGCAAUUUCAGGAAAGCUCUCGAGUUGUACAGCCAGGCCAUCCAGAUUUAUCCGGGAAACCAUGUGCUUCAUUCCAACCGUUCUGCAGUUUUUUUACAUUUGCAACGCUUUCACGAAUCACUUUAUGAUGCGGAACAGUCGAUACAGAUCAACCCCAAAUGGGCUAAGGGUUAUCUCCGAAAGGGUGACGCUUUACGUGCUGCCAAAAAAUUUGACAAAUCAAUCCUCUCAUACUGUCAAGGACUAGCGCUUGGAAGUGCGGAAAUUUUUGCUCCAUUGAAGGAUAGUCUGCGCUGCAGUAUCAUCAAAGGUGCCAUUUUCUUUACGGUUUUUAUGCAUUCUAAGAUUUAA